AUGGGGGAACAAAGCCCCGUCGUAGCUUCAGACUCUGCUCCAGUGGACAGGGGUCUUUCUAUUACCGAUAUGGACCUCACUAACGGGUCUCAUUCUGUACCUAGGUAUAGAUCUAUAUCACUAAGGUCAGUAUAUGAAUCUGCUGCGUCUUUUAUCUCUGGUGUUGGAUCACCUACUAACUACUGCGCUGCGACAAGGACUGGAACUGCCUCCGCGUUUGGACCUGGAACCGUACGAAGGGGGCUGAAGGAGAGACUUUACCUUUACUUAGAGAGGGGCAGUGGUACCACGCUCUUCCGUGCUCAUCCACCAGACGAGAAAGUCAAUUCCGCACUGCUGCUGAGUCGUCGGACUUAUCCACCAAGGGAUUCGUGGAAUUUCUCGCCCCCUUUUGGGUAUGCAGGUACUACGAGUCCUCUCACUACCAACCAGCAGACAUCAUCUGGCUGGGUCUUGCCGGCGUCGGGGAGAUCGGAGCAACAAGGAACGCCUAGACGACGUUUUUCUUCCUGGGCUGCAGUAAGUAGAUCGAGAGGUCGUUCCGCCCCUUGUCCCCGAAUAUGGGUAAUAUGUUCUAACAAAUUAUUGCUCCAAUCUGACCUAGCUGGCGAGCGAUCCCAGUUCGCGGCAGAGAACAAGACAGCAAGCGAGCGUACCUUUGUUCGCUUCUUCUCCACCAAGCACGGAAGUUUAAGGAUAACUGUAGGUCGGUGGCUACCUAAGGAAACUCCGAUUCGAUCCGCCCCCCAGCUGGGAGGCAUCUACCUCAUCCCGAUCACAAGGAGAGGUUCACCAUGA